CCACCGUGCCCUCCCUCUCACCCGACAAACCCCAUCUCCCAUAACAACAAAAGCAAAAAAGCACAGAGAGCAGGAGAACACUUUUUAGGCUUCUCUUGUUGAUUGAUUCUCUCUUGUGCAUGCUUUAAACCAUAAACUCAUCUAAUUCAUUCUCUGCAAACCAUAUUUAAGAUACCCCUCAGUCUUCAUCUUCCGUUCUCUCGUUCCUUCUCUUUCUCAUCCACCUUCUCGCACCAGACAAACAAAAUCUGCAAUCAUGUUUGUCAGGAAGCGUGAUGGUCGCCAAGAGCGCGUCCAGUUCGACAAGAUCACUGCCCGUGUGUCAAGGCUGUGUUACGGCCUCGACCCGGAGCACGUUGAUCCUGUUGCUAUCACCCAGAAGGUCAUCUCGGGUGUGUACGGAGGUGUCACAACUAUCCAGCUGGACGAUCUUGCCGCCGAGACAGCAGCAUACAUGACAGUCACCCACCCCGACUACGCCAUCCUCGCUGCUCGUAUCGCAGUCUCAAACCUUCACAAGCAGACCAAGAAGCAGUUUUCAUCAGUGGUCAGCGACCUCUUCCACUAUGUAAACCCCAAGAACGGCAAGCUCUCUCCCAUGAUUGCCCAAGACACAUACGACUGCGUCAUGCGUCACAAGGAGGAUCUCGACUCAGCUAUUGUCUACGACCGUGAUUUCAACUACCAAUAUUUCGGCUUCAAGACUCUCGAGAGGUCUUACCUAUUGAAGCUCAAUGGCAAGAUUGUCGAGAGGCCACAGCACAUGAUCAUGCGUGUUGCUGUAGGUAUCUGGGGUGACAACAUUGAGCGAGUCAUCGAAACCUACAACCUUAUGUCUAGCAAAUUCUUCACACACGCCUCCCCGACGCUUUUCAACGCCGGCACACCGCAGGCUCAGUUGUCGUCAUGCUUCCUGGUUGAUAUGAAGGACGACAGCAUUGAGGGAAUCUACGACACCCUCAAGACUUGUGCCAUGAUCUCCAAGAUGGCUGGCGGUAUCGGUCUCAACGUCCAUCGCAUCCGUGCCACUGGCUCCUAUAUCGCCGGUACCAACGGCACCUCGAACGGCAUUGUUCCCAUGCUGCGUGUGUUCAACAACACAGCUCGCUACGUCGACCAGGGUGGCAACAAGCGCCCCGGUGCCUUUGCCAUCUACCUUGAGCCGUGGCACGCAGAUGUCUUCGAGUUCCUCGACCUAAGGAAGAACCACGGAAAGGAGGAGAUUCGUGCCCGUGACCUGUUCCUCGCUCUUUGGAUCCCUGAUCUGUUCAUGAAGCGCGUUGAGAAAAACGGCGACUGGACCUUGAUGUGCCCGAACGAGUGCCCUGGCCUCGCGGACUGCUACGGUGAAGAGUUCGAGGCUCUGUAUGAGAAGUAUGAGCAGGCCGGUAAGGGUCGCAAGACGAUCAAGGCCCAGAAACUUUGGUAUUCCAUCCUGGAGGCUCAGACUGAGACUGGUAACCCGUUCAUGCUGUACAAGGAUCACUGCAACCGCAAGAGCAACCAGAAGAACCUUGGUACCAUUCGCAGCUCCAACCUCUGCACGGAGAUUAUCGAGUACUCUGCCCCUGACGAGGUUGCUGUAUGCAACCUUGCUUCCCUGGCUCUGCCCCAGUUCGUCGACUACCACAAGGGUGAAUACGACUUUGAGAAACUCCAUGAGGUCACUCAAGUCGUUGUUCGCAACCUCAACAAGAUCAUCGAAGUCAACUACUACCCCGUCCAGGAGGCACGCAACAGCAACAUGCGCCACAGGCCUAUCGGUCUGGGCGUCCAAGGUCUGGCUGACGCUUUCCUUGCACUCCGUCUGCCUUUCGAGUCUCCUGAGGCUCGUGAUCUCAACAAGAAGAUCUUUGAGACCAUCUACCACGCUGCUCUGACUGCCUCUUGCAAGCUUGCAGAGGAGCAGGGUCCAUACUCGACAUACGAGGGAUCUCCUGUUUCACAGGGAAUUCUCCAGUACGACAUGUGGAACGUCAAGCCUUCAGACCUCUGGGACUGGGACGCUCUCAAGGCCAACAUCAAGCAACAUGGUGUCCGCAACAGCUUGCUCGUUGCCCCCAUGCCUACAGCUAGCACGUCACAAAUCCUUGGCAACAACGAGUGCUUUGAGCCCUAUACUUCCAACAUUUACCAACGCCGUGUGCUUGCCGGCGAGUUCCAGGUAGUCAACCCCUGGUUGCUCAAGGAUCUGGUCGAGCUUGGUCUGUGGUCAGACGACAUGAAGAACCGUAUCAUCGCCGAGGGAGGCUCCAUCCAGAACAUUGCCAGCAUCCCUGAGGAUACCAAGAAGCUCUACAAGACUGUUUGGGAGAUCUCGCAACGUACCGUCGUUCAGAUGGCCGCUGACCGUGGUGCCUUCAUUGACCAGUCCCAGUCGCUCAACAUCCACAUGCGCGACCCGACCAUGGGCAAGAUCACCUCGAUGCAUUUCACCGGCUGGAAGCUUGGUCUCAAGACCGGCAUGUACUACCUGCGGACGCAGGCAGCCGCCCAGCCGAUUCAGUUCACUGUCGACCAGGAGGCGCUGCGUCUGCAGGACAAGGCCGUUGCCAAGGAGCGCGUCCUCGGCAAGCGUGCACCUCCGACCGGCAGCUACAUGUCGUCGCCGGGUGCCUCAGUUCCGAGGCCGAUGUACGCCACCAAAAAAGGCUCGGAGGGCAACUCCCUAAACGCCGAGUCGGCCGAUGCUAACGGCUACCCAACGCCGAGCACCACGCCUCCUCCGGCUGUCACUUCCAAGCCGGUCGCAUCUCCCGCCAAAUCCGUUCCGUUCAAGGCGGAUCAGGAGGAGGGUGAGAGCCCCAAGGCUUUGCCCACCGAGCCAUCGAAGAAUGUCGACGAAGAGGAAGCACUAGACAGCAAGAAGAAGGAUACAGAGGACAAUGAGAGCGAGAGCAAAGAGCGGGAGAUGGAUAUUUAUUCGGAAGCCGUCCUUGCUUGCAGCAUUGAAAACCCAGAGGCCUGCGUCAUGUGCAGUGGUUAGACGAUGACGCUUGAGAGGCUAUGAGUGCGUGGGAGUCUCGGCGCAAGGAUCGUCGAGCUGGUGUACAAUGAACUGGGAGUCUCCGACUGUUACGAUGGAAAAGAUGAUACAACUUAAUGUGUGGCAUGAUGAAAUUGGAGGGUAUCUGGGUUUCGUUCUACCUGUUAUUGCUAGGUGGCUUAGGGUUUCUUGUUUUUAUAUCAUCUGCUCAACUGCGUGGAUCAGUAUAUGCGUUUUGACAGGUCUUGUUGCAUAGUAGAGGCACUCCUGACUGGGCUCUAUGAUAUUCCUAGCCACGGGCCUGCCACCGUCGGGUUAUCAAUUGGUUGGGCAGGUCCCAUAUAUGUGGGAUGUUACGGCCAAGGGUGGAAUCAAAUAGACAAAAUUCCACAAAUCAUCAAAACUAUCCUCAAUGUGCCCUAGCGCUCCGUGUACGUAUACCAGGGGUGGAAAGAAAAUGAGGCUUGGGAUAGAUAAU